UGCCCUCGACGGUCAGGGCAACCUCAAUAUUAAGUCCUUUCAUUUUUUAUAUCGACAGAGAGUGGGGAGUGAGGCAAAGAAGUCCGAAGCCAAAACCCUAACUUCACAGAACGUCCAUGGCUUCCACCAAAGAACGCGAGAACUUCGUCUACAUCGCCAAGCUCGCCGAACAAGCCGAACGCUACGAUGAAAUGGUGGAUUCUAUGAAGAAAGUAGCAAAGCUUGAUGUGGAAUUGACUAUUGAGGAGCGGAAUUUGCUGUCCGUUGGGUACAAGAACGUGAUUGGAGCUCGGAGGGCUUCGUGGCGUAUUUUAUCUUCGAUCGAGCAAAAGGAGGAAGCUAGAGGUCAUGAAUUGAAUGCGAAACGGAUCAAAGAGUACAGGCAAAAGGUUGAAUCGGAGUUAUCGAGCAUUUGUAGUGAUAUUAUGACUGUGAUCGACGAGCAUCUAGUUCCAUCGGCUUCUACUGGUGAAUCCACGGUGUUCUUCUAUAAGAUGAAAGGGGAUUAUUAUCGCUAUCUGGCCGAAUUUAAGUUUGGUGACGAGAGGAAGGAGGCAGCUGAUCAGUCACUGAAAGCAUAUCAGGCAGCUACUACAACAGCAGAGUCUGAUUUAUCUCCUACGCAUCCCAUCCGGCUGGGUUUGGCCUUGAACUUCUCUGUCUUCUAUUAUGAAAUUAUGAACUCUGCUGAAAGAGCCUGCCACCUCGCGAAGCAAGCUUUUGAUGAAGCUAUCUCAGAGCUGGAUACCUUGAGUGAGGAAUCUUACAAAGAUAGCACAUUGAUCAUGCAACUUCUGAGGGACAACCUCACUCUUUGGACUUCUGACAUCCCAGAGGAUGGAGAAGAAGCCCAGAAGGCAGACAGCUCUGCUAAACCAGGUGGUGGUGAAGAUGCAGAGUGAAGCAGAUGGCACGAGGCCUGUUGCAUAUAAAAGCAGUGGAAGUUACUGCCUGCUUAACUCGAAGGGUAUUCCUAAAAUUUGAUGAGAGAAUUCAAUACUACUCUUUAUCAUAUUUUUCGUACUAUCCGGGUGCUAUUGUUGUGAUAAUAAUUUUCAUGUUUGGAUUAUGUCAAAUCCAAUUUGCAUCCCGAAACCCUUUCCCCUCCUUUGUUGUGUACUAAAUCCAGAGAUCUGCCUUUGUUUUAGUAAAUUGAAUUGAGAGAUUUGUCAAGGUUGCUUUAGCAGGCUGCCUUUUUAAUGAAAUUGUGAUAUUAAUUUUCUGGAGUACUAAAGAUAAA